AUGGCGAAUGAUGACCAGAAAUCUCGAAUUCUGGAUCGCUCAGCGCCGUUUGAUGAUCCCGAGUCCAAGAAAUACCUCAGCGGAGUUGCGUUCCACUGGUACCAAAACUUGGAUUUUAUUCUACCAUUCGUUGGUAGCUAUAAGAAGCUGAAAAAGUUUUACAAAGCGUAUCCUGACAUGUUCAUGCUUGGAACGGAAGCUUGCGAAGGAUAUAUGCCAGGAUUCACUGGUACUGGCAAAGGGCCUGCGUUACACAACCUUGAAAAAGCUUGGAAGCGCGCAGAGAACUACGCACGUGAUAUUAUAGAAAACAGCAACAGUAUGGCUGGCGGCUGGGUCGACUGGAAUUUGUUCCUCAACACGAACGGAGGCCCGAACUGGGCAAACAACAUGCCAAUGUACUAUAUCAUGGGUCAUUUCUCCAAGUUUGUGCCGCCGGGAUCAAAACGCAUCAAGUUUUCAAAGACAAGAACGCUUCAUAAUUUCCACCAUUGUGCAUUCGUGACACCAAACAACCAGAUCGUGAUGCAAUUCUUGAAUCGUGGUAGCUCAAAGGUGACUAUCAGCGUAAAGCAGACGGACCCCAACACAAUCACAUUAACGCUGUCUCCCCACUCGAUACACACGUUGAUCCUGCCUGCAUCAGAGGACACCAAGAUCUUGUAG